AUGAUGCACAUCGAGGAUCCAGCCGAGAUUGCUGCCAUUGCAACCGAAUUCAUCUCUAACCUGGACAAUCUGCCUCAAGAGGUUAGUCACAUGGUCAAGGAGAUCGAACACAAGGACGCCAAGAUCCAAGACCUUCUCCCCAAGAUUGCAGCAAGGGAAGCGCAGCUGAGGGAGAUUCUGCAGAAAGGAGGUAGCGGCCUGUCCAACCCAGCCGGCAACGUGUCCGAAGCAGACAGAGUCAAGGCGGAAAAGCUGGCCGACAAGAUCCGGACCGACUACGGACGCGCAGACGAAUGGAGCUCGCAGAAGGAAGCGCUGAGUCUGCGGCUCUGGCGUUCAAUCCACGCGCAUCACAAGCACCUUAAGGACGAGAUGGCCAGGAUCAGCCCAGCCGUGCUUACCAACUACUCGUCGACAGCGUCGAUCGGAACACCGCAAUUGCCUUCGCUGUCUGCGUUGCCGGCGGCGCUAGUGGGGCUCAAGAGUCCUGCGGUGGAGAUGGACUCGCCGUUGGCAGGUGUAAAGCGCAAGGGCAGCUUGCUGUCCCCCGGCCUCAGUGCCUUGACUCCUGGCACACCAAUGAGCGCAGCUGCUCGAGCGAGGGUCGGUGGGCGCACAACACCGGUCGACUCUGGAUCGCCGGCGCCGCCUGAGCGAGGACUGGGCGGUGCAGUGCGAGGAGCAGGCGCAUCACGCAAAACUCGCGGAGGCUCGCUUUCGGCAAGCGGGCCCGGCCGAUCUGGGCUGUCACAAAGCACAGAAUUAGGAGGACUGGGAGGGCUGGAAGGAUUCGAAGGCGAGGGUGGCGAGGGAGAGGAGGGCGAGGAGAAGGACGACACGCCCUACUGCUUCUGCCAGCGCGUUUCGUUUGGCGAGAUGAUUGGAUGCGACAACGCCGAAAACGACCCGGACUGCAAGGAAUGGUUCCACAUCGGAUGCGUCGGCGUCACCAAGCCGCUGCCGCAAAAGUGGUACUGCAGCGAGUGUCUGGCCAAGCUCAAGAACAAGCGCCGACGUCAGUAG